AUGGAGUCUAAUGUCGACCUCAGUGAGUCGCGCACGACGACCGUGAACGUGUGCUAUUCAAUCCCGAUUCCUAUAAUGCUGUUAUUUACUGGCCUGCGGCUCUUUAUUAAGCUGCGCCCUUCGUCGAAGAUUUCUAUGUCGUUCGACGACUACAUGAUCAUUUUUGCUACGGCAGUCUCAAUAACGUUAGCCAUAAGCGGGCUAGUAUAUGCGUUUGGAACACCAGGCCCACCCUAUGGCUAUGGCCGCCACGAAGCUGCCCUUUCUCCUCAUGAAAUUGAGUCCUUCCUCAGGGGCGACUACAUUUUCAGCCACCUGUACGACUGGGCAAUCGCAAGUAUCAAGCUCGCCAUUCUAGCUCUGUACUACCGCAUAUUCAGUACAGUCGUUUUCCGCCGUGUUGUAAUCGCCACCGCAGUCUUCAUAGUCCUGUGGCUGGCAGCGAUGGAGAUCGGACUCGGUCUGCAAUGUAUCCCGGUCGAAAAGGUCUGGAACACAGCACUGCCCGGCAGCUGUCUGAAUCUGGUCGCUUUCUCCUACUUCACCAACAUCACCAAUCUCGUCACUGACAUCUGGAUUUUUCUGCUUCCAUUGCCGGUGAUAUUUAGCUUGCAUGUUACGCGCAAGCGGAAGUUUGAGGUUGCGGGUGUUUUUACUAUAGGGAUCCUGGCUUGCGGCGUGAGCAUUGCCCGUCUCACCGUGGUCGUUUCCCAAGGAUCAUCCGACUUCACAUGGGCGGGAGUGCCUCUCGGCAUCCUAUCUGUAUUCGAGACCCUCGGUGGUAUAAUCUGCGCCAAUAUACCGUUCCUUUAUAGGGUGAUUACCAGGACAUUGAAGAGGAUUUUCUCGUCUCUUGCCAGUUCAGGAGCCGAAGCUCCGAGCUCAGCUGGUAGAUUCAGGCCUCGAGUCUUCUCUAGCAGGGAACAAAGGCGGGAAUCGAGUAUCCAGAGUGAAUGGGCCAUGCUAUCGCGGAACACCGAUAAAGACCAAAGCCUCAGCCAGACGAACUCAAAUAUGAUUCCCGAUAUGGAUAUUAAUGACGUUGAGCUUCAAUCUUUGAGGAGGCCACGGUCUAGUGCUCAAGGGGGACAGAUCCAUGUACGAUAA